CCUCCGCUGCCCGUCACCAUGCCCGCGCUUUUGGAGAGACCAAAGCUGUCCAACGCGAUGGCCCGAGCCCUCCACAAGCACAUCAUGAGGGAACGCGAGCGUAAGCGACAAGAGGAGGAAGAAGUCGACAAGAUGAUGGAACAGAAGAUGAGGGAGGAGGAGGAGAGGAAGAGGACCAAAGAGAUUGAGGAGAGGAUGUCCUUAGAGGAAACCAAGGAACAGGUGAUGAAGAUGGGCGAAAAGCUUCAAGGGCUUCAAGAGGAGAAGCAUCAGCUCUUCUUGCAACUCAAGAAAGUCCUCCACGAAGAGGAGAAAAGAAGGCGGAAGGAGCAGAGCGACAUCACCACGCUAACGUCUGCGAGCUACCAAGCUAGCCUUCCCAUGCACGCGGGCCAGCACCUACUCAGCAUUCAAGGCAGUCCCGUGAGCCACAGUCGACCCGGAGCGCUGCUGGCAGAUCGCGGCAAGCAACUUUUCCAGAGCGCCAUUCUUCCCACGCGUCACUAUCAGGCGCCGGCGUUCUCCUCUGCUUCGGGCGAAUUCAGCGGGGGCGCGCACGAGUCGUACGGGGUGGCCCAAGCCCAGCAUCCCGCCACCUACGCCCCGGGGCCUUCCGUGCCGGUCAGUUUCGCUAGCGGAUCUCAGAUCAGAGGAGCGUCCGCCUUUCAGGCCAUGCAGUAUCUGCCGCACCAGCAGCCCGGCUACCCGGUCCACAGUCACUUCACCUCUCAGCCCGGCUACAUCCCAGGCGCCGGAAUCCCCCUCCAGAAGCAGCUGGAACACGCCAAUCAGCAGUCGGGGUUUACAGACGCGGGUGCCCUGAGGCCCAUGCACCCGCCCGCCAUGCAUCCCUCAGCUCAAGGCCUGCUGCCCACGCCGUCCAUGGCCGUGCAGAUUCCCGGCGCCAAGGCGGCGUUCCAGACCUCGCCGCAAGCCGCGCCGCGUCACGGCUUCCUGCCUCACGCCCAAAGCGGCCAGAGGUUUUACCACCACGGCAAGUGA